GGUCAGACCGGAAGUGUUGCUAGCAGACAGCCGGAUCGUGGUGAGGUGGAGGUCUUGACAGAGAUGGCAGAGUUGCCGCUGUAUUUAACAAGCGUCAACGUUUCCCUGACCCAAACUAUGGAGACUGAAAAGAGUCUAGGAGGAGUGACAGACUUUGAGAGUGUGGAGAUGGAAGACUCUGCGGGGAGUCCGGGAAGAGUAAAGGUUCCCCGAAGGACCAUCUAUUUUGCCAGUGGAGAGACCAUGGAGGAAUACAGCACCGAUGAAGAGGAGGAGGAUCCUGUGAAGAAAGAUGUCAUCACUGUAGAUCCAGCUAAAUUAACCUGGGUUCCAUAUUUCUGGUUCCAAACGUGGAGAAUGGCCACCUCCACCAUCUCAGUGUGUGACUACAUGGGAGAGAGACUGGCCUCUCUUUUUGGCAUCACUAGUCCGAAGUACCAGUAUGCAAUUGAUGAAUACCACCGUAUAAAGAAAGAGGAGGAAGAAGAAGAGGAGGAGAACCGUCUGGCUGAGGAUGCGGAGCGUCAUUUUGUCGCGCAGAAAAGAGGCGAGCUAGAUGCUCCUCCCUCUGCUACUGUGGAACAGCCAGAGGCGUCCGGAGCAUCCUUUGUCAACAUUAGCUUUGAGCUCAAACCUGAGCCUCCUCUCAGUUCUCCAGACACCAACAGAGUCCCUUCCCCUCUCCCCUCCUGAAAACUGUCACUCACAAUCCUCUCACAUUCACACAUUUCGUCAGGCUAAAUCUUAUUUAACCUAGCUGUAUAAUUUAAUAAUGUUGUUACUUUUCUAUGCUUUUUUAUAAGAAGAGAUAUUAAUACAUAGUGCAGGGAAACAUUAAAAGGGCUGUGGAAGUGGCGGCAAUAGCCUUAUCUGUGAAUGUAACUUUUCUGUACAGCCUGACAUGCAAUUGAACCAUUUCUAGAGCAGAUUGGGACUGUACCCAACUCACUUUAAAAACAUAGAGACAGUGAAAUACAUGCUGGAUUAUAAUCUUAUUGAAGAAUUUACAUUAAAUGUAGUUCUUUCUCUAGAGUUUAUAGAGCUGGAUAGCUUUUGCUUUCCAAGCUAAACCGUGAGUGAGAACAGGUAGAGAUUAAAUCAUUUAUACACACAGGGAAUAUAUUGUCCUCCUCAUAACAUGUUAUUGCUAUAUUGUUGUCUGGAAUGAAGAAAUACAAACUAUUAUACUAGAAGUUAUAAAGAGGAAGGUUAUAUAGAAGUGGCAUCAAACAAACCAGUAGUUGAGUUCUAACGUGAUGUUCAGAUACACAAGACAACCCUUCCACCUCUGCCCUCUGUUAACGAGUCAAUGAAAACUACUGUAACUUCCUGCUGCUUAAACCAGACACAUGUUAUAUCGGGAUUUCUUUACUUUGAAGGAAUUGUCCAAUACACACAGAAACAUUUUCCAUAAUUCACUUUGUCGCGGCCAAACAUACUCUGGUUAACAUAAGAGCUCAAUGUGAAGUUACCAUGAAGCUGCAGUCUGUGGUCCAAAUUUGACUAGAGUACUAACCUUAAAGAAUUGGCUUCAUGUUUCUUUUUUAUUUGUUUCAGUGUAAACCUGCCUCUGUGAUGAUACUUGAAACAGUUUAUUUACAGCAACAACUCCUAUAAAAUACAAAAUGUUUUUUUCAAAAAAAAAACAGGCAGUGCAGCUAAUAUCAAUUCACUUUUAAUAUUACUUUAGUUUAAAUCUUUGAUAAUCAAAUAGAAUUCCAAUUUACUGGUGAUUGUUGAAAUACAUGGGGAAGUUGAGUUGCUCACAAACACUGACGGUACCUUCAUGUCUGCUCAGAGUUCAUUCUUUAAGUGUCCUUGCCUGAGCUGCCAGAAGCUUAUUAAUUAUUAUUAUCCACUGAAGGGACGUUGUGGUGUGGAGGCUCAGAGCAGAGCAGUGUUUAUUCAGGAGGAAACCAGAGGCCCACACACUGGGGCCUUUAUGUUUUCUCAUUACAACGCAGAACACAUGUUACUCUGCUCUUUUCAAACGGAUCCAUUUCUAGGAGAAAUUCUGUUAAUGGAAUCUGUAACUGGAAUACCAACCUAUUUAAUUCAGUUUGGGUAAAUUUCUUACAUUACUUAACACGGGACUUUAUUUAUGCUUUUUUAUGUAUUUAGAAACAUGCAAAAGUUAUUUUUAACAAACUCAAUGAAUCUGUAUAUACAUAUUUAUAUUUUCUGUGUUAAUAAAACCUUUAAACAAUCCAAAA